CGCGAGGGGGAGCGAGCGAGCGGGCGCUGCCGGGAGCCCGCAGCCCUGGCGCCCGCCGCCGCCCGGAGCCCCGCAAUAUGCCGCCGCGGCCCUCUGGCUCUCGGCCAUGGCGAGGCUCUGCCGGCGUGUCCCUUGCACCCUGCUUCUCGGCCUGGCAGCGGUGCUGCUGAAGGCGCGGCUGGUCCCCGCGGCCGCCAAAGCGGAACUCAGUCGCUCCGACCUCAGCCUCAUCCAACAGCAGCAACAGCAGCAGCAGCAGCAGCAAAAGCAGCUGGAGGAGGCUGAGGAAGAGAGGCCAGAGGUGCCUGGGGCAACGUCCACCUUGACGGUUCCAGUGUCUGUAUUUAUGCUGAAAGUUCAGGUGAAUGACAUCAUCAGUCGUCAGUACCUGAGCCAAGCAGUUGUAGAAGUGUUUGUAAACUACACGAAGACAAAUUCCACAGUAACAAAAAGCAAUGGAGCAGUCCUGAUAAAAGUACCCUACAAAUUAGGACUUAGUUUAACUAUUAUUGCUUACAAAGAUGGCUACGUGUUGACCCCUCUGCCUUGGAAAACCAGAAGAAUGCCAAUAUAUUCAUCAGUUACACUUUCACUGUUCCCGCAAAGCCAAGCAAAUAUAUGGCUAUUUGAAGACACUAUUUUAAUUACUGGAAAAUUAGCUGAUGCCAAAUCUCAGCCAAGUGUUCAGUUUUCAAAAGCCUUAAUUAAACUUCCUGACAACCAUCAUAUAAGCAACGUUACCGGCUAUCUUACAGUUCUACAACAGUUUUUGAAAGUGGACAAUUUUCUGCAUACAACUGGAAUUACUCUCAAUAAACCAGGUUUUGAAAACAUUGAAUUGACCCCUCUUGCUGCAAUAUGUGUGAAAAUAUAUUCUGGAGGAAAAGAACUAAAAGUCAAUGGCUCUAUUCAGAUUUCUCUUCCUCUUCUACGUCUGAAUGAUGUAAGUGCAGGGGAUCGCAUACCUGCUUGGACAUUUGAUAUGAACACAGGUGCUUGGGUAAAUCAUGGUCGGGGAAUGGUCAAGGAACAUAACAAUCAUUUAAUCUGGACAUAUGAUGCACCACAUUUGGGCUACUGGAUAGCAGCUCCACUUCCAGGAACUAGAGGUUCAGGUAUAAAUGAAGAUUCCAAGGACAUAACUGCCUACCAUACAGUAUUUCUUACAGCCAUAUUAGGAGGAACAAUAGUCAUUGUCAUUGGAUUUUUUGCUGUACUACUUUGUUAUUGCAGGGAUAAGUGUGGUACUCCACAGAAAAGAGAAAGAAAUAUCACUAAACUUGAGGUCCUCAAGAGAGACCAGACAACUUCAACAACACACAUAAAUCAUAUCAGUACAGUUAAAGUUGCAUUAAAAGCUGAGGACAAGUCACAGUUAUUCAAUGCCAAAAACUCCUCAUAUAGUCCUCAGAAAAAGGAACCAUCAAAGGCAGAAACAGAAGAAAGAGUUUCCAUGGUAAAAACUCGGGACGAUUUUAAAAUCUACAAUGAAGAUGUUGCAUUUCUAUCAGUCAAUCAAAAUAAUUACUCAAGAAACCCAACACAGUCUUUGGAGCCCAGUGUAAGGUCCAAACAACCUAAACAUAUUAACAACACUCUAUCUUCAUCUCUAGGUGAUGCUCAAGAUGAAAAGAGGUAUCUCACAGGUAAUGAGGAGGCAUAUGGGCGUUCCCAUAUUCCUGAACAGCUUAUGCAUAUUUACAGCCAGCCCAUUGCCAUUCUUCAAACAUCUGACCUCUUCUCCACACCGGAACAGUUACAUACUGCUAAGUCAGCUACUUUGCCAAGAAAGGGACAGUUAGUCUAUGGCCAACUGAUGGAACCAGUAAAUCGAGAGAACUUUACGCAGACCUUGCCCAAAAUGCCAAUUCAUUCUCAUGCACAGCCCCCAGAUGCCAGGGAAGAGGAUAUCAUACUUGAAGGUCAACAGAGCUUACCAUCCCAGGCUUCAGAUUGGAGCCGAUAUUCAAGCAGUUUACUGGAAUCCGUCUCUGUUCCUGGAACACUAAAUGAGGCUGUUGUAAUGACUCCAUUUUCAUCAGAACUUCAAGGAAUUUCAGAACAGACCCUCCUGGAGCUGUCCAAAGGAAAGCCCUCCCCACAUCCCAGAGCCUGGUUUGUGUCUCUUGAUGGAAAGCCAGUUGCGCAAGUGAGGCACUCCUUUAUAGACCUGAAAAAGGGCAAGAGAACCCAGAGCAAUGACACCAGUCUGGACUCUGGGGUGGACUUGAAUGAGCUUCACUCAAGUAGAAAGCUCGAGAGGGAGAAAACAUUCAUCAAAAGCAUGCAUCAGCCCAAGAUCCUUUACUUAGAAGAUUUAGACCUAAGUAGCAGUGAGAGUGGAACCACCGUCUGUUCCCCUGAGGACCCAACUUUAAGGCACAUCCUAGAUGGAGGGAGUGGAGUGAUUAUGGAGCACCCUGGGGAAGAGUCCCCAGGAAGGAAAAGCACUGUUGAAGAUUUUGAAGCUAAUACAUCCCCCACUAAAAGAAGGGGCAGACCACCACUAGCCAAAAGAGAUAGCAAGACUAACAUCUGGAAGAAGCGAGAGGAACGCCCACUGAUUCCCAUAAAUUAACUCCAACGGGGAUUGUGUGUCUGCUGUCUCGUGCUGUUUAUUCUUGCUUCUUGUUGUAAAUUGCAGUAUGAACUUAAGAAGUUGAGACUGAGCAAUCUCAUGGUUCUUGGACAUGUCUCAAGCAGAGUAAAUGAUAAUUCAGUAAUCAGAGAGAAAGAUACCAAGGAAUGCUUUUUCUGGCCUGUUCAUUUAUUUUUGGGUAAUGAAUUACAGUAUCCAAGUUUUCAAAAUGUAAAAUAGCAUCAAGAUGUUAGUUUUCUGAAAAUGUUGCUCGGCCAGCCAGUUUGGCCUUGACUCUCUUAAGAAUAAACAGUGAAAUACAUACUCCUCAAGUUGCCUCCAAAAAUGUUGCCUCUGCCAUGGUGACUACCCCAUGGAACAUUUAGAAACAAAACUGACUUCAGGCAUCAUAUUCUUUUAAAUGUUACUAUUACGUCCUCUUCUGCCUAUACUUAAAAAUAACUUGAUAAAUGACUUGGACUGAUGUUACUCUAGAGUUAUCUCAAAGAAAAUGUUGUUUGGUCUUUAAACAGCAUGUGUAUUGUAUCAUCCCAAACGUAAAUCCUACGUUUAUAUAAUAUGGACAAGAAGCUACUUGGUCAUUAGAGAGGGAGACACCAGCUCUUUGGUUGUUUUUGGAUAUAACUUCACAAAAUAAGUAAGGUGUUAAUUUGUAGAUUAGAAAUUUGGCCAUUAAUGUUCUAAUGCUGAGUUUUUAUUUAAAAAUUAAUUAUUUUUUCUUCCCCUCAACAAUGAAGCAAGCUUAGCUGUCAAGGAAAACUUUUUACAAAUCUGAAAAAAUAAUCUGUGACUUUGAUUUAAGGCUCACUGAUACUUUUAGGCUAAAUUGGUUUUAAUAUAUUUCUUCUAUUCUAAAAACCUGAACUCAGUCACUUAAAGGCUAUGAAAUUUUAACAAAUGAUGUGAAAGUUUCUUUUGAACACUAAAAUAUGUGGAGAUAAAAA